AUGUCUUCAUUAUUACCUAAUAUAACAAAUAAUCAAAAAGAACUAAAUUUUGUGAGUAAAGUUAAGAGGAAAUUUUUUGGAAAAGAAGAUAUGGAAAUGUUAAGAAAAGCACAACAAACAAGUCCAAAUAAAGAGAAAAUUAAUAGAAAUUCUUCAAAUUCUGACAAUUCUUCUAAUCAACAACAAAUAUUAAUUCCAAUAGAAAAAAUUUCUUUAUGUAAAGAAAUUGGGAAUGGUGAAUUUGGAGAAGUCUAUCAAGCUAUAUGGCACAGAGAUGAGGAGGAGUCUAUCCAAGUUGCUGUGAAACAAAUUCAACCAGAAAAACUUAUUUCUCACCAUUCUUCUUUUCUUCAAGAAGCGGCAAUUAUGACAAAAAUGAGACAUGAAAAUGUUAUUCAAAUGUUUGGUGUUGUACUUGAUAUAAAGGCUAUAAUGAUUGUAUCAGAAUUGGCGUCUUGUGGUUCUUUACUGGAAUGUCUUAAAUCUAAAGCUUGGCAUCCCUCACUUUCUGUUGAUGUUUUGUGUGAUUUUGCUCUUCAAAUUUCAAAUGGAAUGAAAUAUUUAAGUUCGCAACGUUUAAUUCAUAGAGAUUUGGCUGCAAGAAAUAUUCUUGUUCAUUCACCUUCUAAGGUAAAAAUUUCUGAUUUUGGUUUAAGUCGUUCUUUGGGUUAUGGUGAAGAGUAUUACCGUUCUGAAUUUAAUCUUUCCAUGAAAUUACCGAUUGCUUGGUGUGCACCUGAAUGUAUUAAUUUCCUUCGUUUUACGUCAGCUUCAGAUGUCUGGGCGUAUGGAGUUUUUCUUUGGGAAGUUUUUACUUAUGGACAAACACCUUGGGAAGGAAUAAGUGGAUCACAGAUACUUUAUGCAGUAGAUACUCAGCGAUUAAAAUUAGAAAAGCCAAAAUUUUGUCCUUCAGGAAUUUAUAAUUUAAUGUUAAAAUGUUGGGAAUGGUCUGCAGAGAAAAGGCCAACAUUUGAGAAUAUUUGUAAUGAAUUACCUACUUUAAUGCCUCCAUUAUUGGUUACUGUGACAGAUUGUAGACAUAAAUCUUUGAAGGAAAAUAUCAAUUAUUUAAAUUAUGAAAAGGGAGAAACAAUUAUUUUAUUAGAUAAAAGCACUUCUCUUCCAGGCUUUUGGUUUGGAGUUUCAAAGACAGGCAAUAUCGGUAUUUUCCUUCCCGAACAUACAAUUGCAUUUUUGGGUGCACAAAAUCCAAAUAGUAAUUAUUCAGAUAAUAUUAUUACAUCUCCAGAAUUUGAAAGAAAAAGUUUACAUUCUUUAAUUGAGAUAGAAGAAAAUAAAAAAGAUAAAAAUAAAAAAGAGAAGAAAAAGAAAAAUGACAAAGAAAAUUUUAAAAUGAUGAUUAGUGAACCAAAAGGAGAUUUGAGACAUACUUGCCAUGUUGGGGCAGAUGGAAGAAAUUUUGGACUUUUAAAUACAGAACUGUCAAUAUCUUCAACAAUUUCUCCAAGUCUUCGUUCGAUUUCACCAAUAAGUACUUCAAGUACUUUCUCUUUAGCACCUCCAAGACCUCCAAAAAAUCCAAAUAUUCAUUUAGAAAUGUCAAAAAGUAUUUUAAGUAAUAAAUCAUUUGAAGAAUUAAAUCAACAACCACCAGAAUUGCCUCCAAAACCGCCGAGAUUUAGAGAAAAAUUUUGUAAAGAAAAUAAUAAUACAAAAGAAUAUUUAAUGCCAAAAAUUGUUUCUGACAAUUCUCCAAUAUUAAAUUAUAAAAAUAAUUUAGCUUCUAAUAAUUUUCCUUUAAAUGAGAAUGAAAAACAGCAAGAAUAUUUAAUUGUUUCUAAUAAAGAAGAAGAAGAAGAAGAAAUUAAAAAAGAAGAUGAAGUUGAAGAAUAUUUACGUCCACCAAAAUAA